AUGUCUGGAUACCCAGGUCAUUACGGAGGAUAUCAGGGUGGUCCACCACCGCAGCAGCAAUAUGCUCAGCAGGGCGGCUACUACCCUCCACCGCAGCAGGGCUACAACGGAUAUCCUCCUCAGCAGGGAUACGGCUACCAACAACCCUCCCCUCAACCGUAUGGGUACAAUCAGCUUCCGCCUCAACAGCAGUAUGGCGGUUAUGCGCCCCAGCCCAACUACAACAACCGCCCUGGGAUGCCGACAGCGAACUCGAAUGCGUACGUGCACGGCAACCACAACGCUCCUCCGCCUCCUCCAUCCCAACCGCAAGGAUUCGGCCACGGCGCGCCCAACAACUACCACUUUCAGUACUCCAACUGUACUGGCCGAAGAAAGGCCCUGUUGAUUGGAAUCAACUACUUUGGCCAACGAGGCCAGUUGCGCGGAUGCAUCAACGACGUGAAGAACAUGUCAGCUUACCUCGUCGAACGUUUUGGGUACAAGCGAGAAGAUAUGGUCCUUUUGACGGACGACCAGCAAAACCCCAUGAGCCAGCCGACCAAACAGAACCUCCUCAGAGCUAUGCACUGGCUUGUGAAAGACGCAAGGCCAAACGACUCUCUCUUCUUCCACUACUCAGGACACGGAGGUCAAACCAAGGAUCUUGACGGCGAUGAAGACGACGGGUACGACGAGGUCAUUUACCCUGUUGACUUCCGCCAGACUGGUCACAUCACGGACGAUGAGAUGCACAGAAUUAUGGUGCAGCCGUUGCAAGCUGGUGUGAGACUGACUGCUAUUUUCGACUCAUGUCACUCGGGAACUGCCCUUGAUUUGCCCUAUAUCUACUCGACCCAGGGCAUCCUCAAGGAACCCAACCUGGCCAAGGAAGCUGGCCAAGGCCUUCUGGGCGCCAUUUCGUCAUACAGCCAAGGCGAUCUUGGCGGUGUUGCGAGCAACAUCAUGGGCUUUAUCAAGAAGGCCACUACCGGCGAGGACGCUCACAACCGCGCCAUGCAAACCAAGACUUCACCGGCCGACGUAAUUAUGUUUUCUGGAAGCAAAGAUGACCAGACCUCGGCCGACGCUACAAUUGCUGCUCAAGCAACAGGCGCCAUGUCUUGGGCUUUCAUCACGGCUCUGAAGAAGAAUCCUCAGCAAAGCUACGUGCAGUUGCUCAACAGUAUUCGAGACGAACUCGCGACGCGUUACACGCAGAAGCCGCAACUGUCGUGCAGUCACCCCUUGAGUACGUACAACUUGCGCUGGACGCCUACAUCGACAACUUGA